AUGAAUUAUUAACAACUCGUAUAUUGGGAAAAAUAGGGCUAUGAUCAAUUAUGUGGUGUGCAUUGCAUCAACUCUCUUUUAUAAGGACCCUAUUUUAAUGAGGUUGAUUUAGCAACGAUUGCUCAAGAAUUAGAUAGAUAGGAAAUCGAAUUGCUGGGGAAAACAGGGCAUCGUUACAGAUCAUAGAAUGUUGCAGAAGAUGGGAAUUUCUCGAUUUAGGUUUUAGCUGAGGCUUUAAAAAAGUUAGGAGAUUUGUAUAUUGAAUCCGUUGAUUCAAAAAUCAACCAAAAUUAAGACUUGAGUCAAGAGAGUGGAUUUAUAUGCAAUUCUUAAGCUCAUUGGUUUUCAAUAAGAAAGAUUGAAAACGUUUGGUACAAUCUAAAUUCAACCAAUAAAAGAGGACCAGAAAUAAUUAGUGAUUUUUAUCUAUCAGCAUUCCUACUAUCAGUAAAGGAGAAUGGAUAUCAAAUCUUUGUUGUAAAGGGUGUUUAUCCCCCUCCAUAAUUGGAUAAUAUCGAUUAGAACGAUCGGUAAAAGGUUCUUACUACCUAGUUCAUUAAAUAAGUUCACGAUAGAAGAGUUAAGAAGAAGAACUAUAAAUUGAACAUAGGAGGCUCAGAUGAAGUUGAGAUGGAAAAGGCAUUAAAACAAAGCAAAGGAGAGAAAUAUGAAUCAACAGAUGAGGAAUUUGAAGAUGUUCAAUAACCACAGAAGAAGUAAUCUACUCCCAAAUUUCAAGGAUAGGGCGUUUAAUUUUAGAAUUAAAAAUCAGCAGUAAAUUAUCCAAAUUUUAAUAUUGAUCCACUCGAUGCUGAGUAUAGAUCUAUUAUCUUAAUGACACUUGAAUAAAAAUUUAGUAUGUAAUUGGAGGAAGGCUUAGUUAUCCUAUUUUAGUUGCCUGGUGGAUAAAAUAAACAAUACACUUUUAGUUAUGAUGCGACUGUUGAAGAUCUUUACGAUUUCAUUUUCUUCGAAAGCAGGCAACAACCUAUGAGAUUCAUUUUGAUUUGCCCAAUUCAAAAACUAUAACUUCAAGAUGUUUCACAAUAACUCUUGGAUAUUGGCAUAGACACAAUGACCUAAAUUAUUGUGAAGAAGGAAUGA